AGGACGCAGGAAAAGCAAAAGUGCUGUGAAGACCCCCAGCCAGAGCUGGGGCCAUCUGAGCACCUGCACACGACAGCCACGGGCCGUGACCCAGAGUCCGACAAACGUCCGCCUGUCCACACGGAGGAAAACAGACAACGGCAUGAACACAGAAACGGAGAAACCCAAACAGGACACGUGGACGCCCCCGGGAGCUGCGGCUUGUUACCCAUCCCCCCAGUGUGGGUGGGCCUGGCGACCGCGCCCCCUGCCAGGCAGGACCCAGAGAGGGUGGGCUGACGGAGGGGAGACGAGGUCGGCGUCACGGUGGCAAGUGCGCGGGCAUUGCGCUGCCAGAUGUGAAGUAACAAAGUUCCACGUCACCUCGGGUCUCUUCCCAGAACCCAGACUCACCACGAGAAGACACCAGCCAAACCCAAAUUAAAAGACACCCACGAUACCUGAGCAGUCUCCUCGCGGUGUCAAGGACAUGGAAAAGAUUUGAGAGACGACCAUGGCGGGGGAGACUGAGGGGCAGGGAGACUAAAUGCAGCUGGGCACUGCAGUGGGAUCCUAGGACAGAAACGGGAUUUCAGCAGGAAAUCUGCGGUUAGGUCCACGGACUUGCGCAGAGCCAACUUAGCAGCUGCGCCGAAUUCCAGUCGAGGAGGCCGGUCCUCCGGGAAGCACAGGGACUCUGCUGUCCGUUCACACCGGCCACAGACCCAGAGUUUUCCCAAACUAAGGAGCUUUAUAAACCUGCUGGAGUUGCGGCUGUGGCUCAGUGCAGACGAAGCUGACUGGUAUCCAUGAGGAUGUGGGUUCAAUCCCUGGCCUCGCUCGGUCUGUUAAGGACGCAGCGUUGCUGUGAUCACCGUUGCAGUCGUGCUACAGGCUGCAGUCACAGCUCAGAUCCGGUGUUGCUAUGGUUCAGGCCUGCGGCUAUGCCUCUGAAUCAAUCGCUAGCCUGAGAACUUCCAUAUGCAGCACCUGCGGCCCUAAAUAAACAAACCUACUAAAGCUGGAACACAGCAAUACGAUUGGUGUCAUUUUGUAUUCAAGCACCUUGCUCAGGUCACUUACUAAGUCUAAUGAUGUGCAUGUAAAUUUGCUAUUUUCUACAUAUAAUUUGCAAGUAGAGGCUGUUUUCUCCCUCUGCUAUUGCUGUACUUCUCCUUCCCUUCUCCUCUCGUGUCACUCUGGCUAGGACUUCCAGAAGGCUGAGCAGAAGCCACAACACUGGGCAUCCUUGUCUCACUCCCAAUACCUGGGCGGCAAAGCUCCAUACUCCGUAUUAACCAUAAUGUUAGCUGCUAACCCUCUGACCAGAAUAAAGAAGUUUCCUUCUGUUAAGUGCGGGUGAGUUACGACGCUAGGUCUGACCACGGCCCGCUUUAUCCCAGCCGCCAGCAGGCAGCGACGAACAGGGCUAAAUCCACACCAGCAAGCGGGGGCAGAGCCGGGACAUAAUCACCUUUACCAACAACAUCUAGGGUACCCCAAAGAAAAAGGGGGCGGCGCGGGGCAGCCUCUGGAACUGGAACAUUCCCUAGCUUCAUCUGCGCAGCGGUGAAAGGGCAUGGCACAUGCGUAAAUGGGAAUCGAACCUUGCGCGCCGCGUGCACGUGGGUGUACUUGUUCGGACCACAAUGGAGCCGGUCAAGAAGUGCAAACACCGUCGUUGGGCGGGUUCUUCCCCGCCGGGUGGGCGGGGGCAGAGCUCUGCUCCAAGCGCUCAAGGCCUAAGCACCCGGAGACGGACCUGGAGACCGAGGCGCCAGAGCAGCCAGGUGGAACUUGGCCCGCAGAGAGGCGGGGCGGGGCGGGGCGGAGCAAUGGGAGGGCCGCGCAGACCCGGCUGGGCUGCGGAACCCGCUCGACCCCGGCCGGACGCGCAGGGUCCUCCGAGCGUGUGUGGGCGGCCUUUCUCGGGCCUCGGCCUCGAUCCCGCGCCCACCGGCCCCGGGAUGCUGCUCCGGCCGCGGCGGCCGCCCCCACCCGCGCCGCCGUCGCCCGCCAGCCCGGACCCCGAGCCGCGGUUGGCGGGGGGCGCCCCCGAGACCCCGCCCAGGAGGCCCGCCUCGCCAGGCGCGCUGGCGGCACCCGCGCCCCCGGGGUCCCCUGCAUCCCCCGGGUCGCCGGUGUCCCCGGGCUCGGCGCAGCGCACGCCCUGGAGCGUGCGCGAGACGGAGCUGCUGCUCGGCACGCUGCUGCAGCCGGCCGUGUGGCGCGCGCUGCUGCUGGACCGCCGCCAGGCGCUGCCCACCUACCGCCGCGUGUCGGCCGCGCUGGCCCGCCAGCAGGUGCGGCGCACGCCCGCGCAGUGCCGCCGACGCUACAAGUUCCUCAAGGACAAGGUACGAGACGCGCACGGCCAGCCGCCCGGGCCCUUCGACGCGCAGAUCCGCCAGCUCAUGGGGCUGCUGGGCGACAACGGGCGCAGACGCGGCCGCCGCCGCUCCCCCGGGCCCGGGCGCCCCCCGCGCGGCCGCCGGCCGGCCCCCGCUGAGCCCGGCGCCCCACCGCUGCCCGCCUCCCGAGACCCCGACGCGGACCCAGCCUGGACGCUCAGGUUCAGCCCGUCCCCGCCCAAGUCUGCGGACGCUCCUCGCGUCUCCGGCUCCUCGACGGCCCUCUCCGCCUUGCCCCCCGCGCCCGGCCGCCCCGAAGAUCCCGAGCCCUUCCGCGCCCCGGGCUCCUCGCCGCCACCGUCUCCCGGCCCCGCCCGGGACGACCCCGACUCGCCGCCCGGCCGUCCGGAGGAGCACGCGCCCCCGCAGUCCGCUCCGCCGUCGCUGAACGCCGCCCUCCUGCAGACCUUGGGGCACCUGGGUGACAUCGUGUCCAUCCUGGGCCCGCUGCGUGACCAGCUUCUGACCCUGAACCAGCACGUGGAGCAGCUGCGCGGCUCCUUCGACCAGACCGUGUCCCUGGCCGUGGGCUUCAUCCUCGGCAGCGCCGCCGCCGAGCGAGGCGUCCUGACCGACCCGCGCCCGUGAGGUCGGGCCCGCGGCAGCCCCCCCACCCCCGCCCCCGGCCCUGACUCCUCUUGCGGCCCUUCCCCACCCCAAACUUAGGUCCCUUCAAUAAAAAAAAAGUUGCUUUUUUC